AUCGGUGUCCAUUCAGACUGAUAAUUGAUGCGUGUGCUCUUCAAAUCCGAUUCCACUCACCCAGAAGCAAGCGCUUCAGUGCUUUUCAAACAUGCAAAUUAGAACAAAAAGACAUGUGGAUUCUCUGAGUCAGCGUCGGACGUUUUUCGUAGGACGACGAUAUCGGGAAUCAGUUUUAAAAUUCAUCUACCUCACCUGUUUGAUACUCAUCACAGUCGCGUUUAUUGUGCAGUGUAUUCUUUUACAUCUUGUCAUAAUGCCUUAUCGACAUGAAUCCGGAUUUACCCAGACCAUUUGCACAUACAUUGGAGCUCGAAUUGUGAGCAAUGCCGUACGAUGUGAAAAUCGGUGUUCGAAAAAUCGCUCCAGUUUCCAGUGCUUACGGGUGGUGGUCGCCUAUGCAAAACGCAACAAAACCCACACUGCUAGUCUGUUUGAAAAUAUUGCAACUUAUCAAUACUACCACACACUUGGGUGCGCCACCAGUUCGUGUCACCGGCAGAACAUGGCCAACAGGGACGCCGUUGAACGCUUCCACAAUCUCGUACAACGGCUCGGCGUUUUCACAUGUUAUACACACCAUGAUCACGUGAAUGAAGCUAUAAUGCACAAAUUCUAUGCGCAGGCCACCCUAUACAACGCCUUGUUUUGGCCCCUGGGAAUCCUCAUCUUAUCAGGAACAGUUUUGGCUGUGCUCUGGUCUCACGAUCGAUGCGAAGCAUGGGGUGAUGAGGUUGCCGUAUUAUCCUGACUAUGCAUACCGAACUUGUGUAAUCACAUUGUGAAAUAUAUUAUUUCAGUGAUGG